AUGGCAUCAGCUCGGGCCUCAUUCGGUUCGUCGCCAGUUUCGUCGGAGGCGCCGUCCAGUCCAAAUACGAAGGCCGUGCCUAAUGUACAAAAGCCUCAGCGAGGCCCCGAACCUUCCUUUGCGCCAGAGAUCAAGAUCCUGGAACCGUGCUUUGCAACAAAGACUUCCCUUGCCAAUUCAAAAUUUGCCGAUCCUGCGGCACCAACUCGUCCUGCGGCACCCACUCGUCCUGCGCGUACCAUCAUUAAGCCUCCGAAGUCUCUAAGUCCUCCAGCGCACUUUGUUGCCUUAGAGAAGACUGUCGCUUUCACUGGUCGUGCGACGGCCGAUAAACCCCAGCCUGUUACAACAGCGUCCAGUCCCCAGACCGCUCAACCCAAAGCAACAGUAUCGGUACCGAUAAGCUUGCGGAAAGCGGAGUUGCCCUCUUCUGAGUCAUUCAUGCCCGCGACUCCAGCAAAUGCAUCCCUCCCCAAACUGGAGGCUGUGCAAAACUCCGAAAAUGAUGAACAGCAGGUGGAGACGAGUGAGCAUAGCGCAAGCGGGAUUCUCUUGGAUAUCGAUCAAACAGCCGAAGAAAACGCGGGGCUUACAAUGCGAGACCUGCUGUUCUUUAGCCCAGGCAUUGCAGAUCUGACUGGAAUUGACUUUCCAAAGCAGGAAGAUACCAAGCCUUUGACAACUGCACCCGCUCAUCAAGAGGGAUCAAAGUCUUCGCUCCUCCGCGCACAAAUUCACGGUUCGAUUUACCAUGACCCCCAAUUGCUCUGGACGCUCAUUAAACUAAUGGAAACAGCAAAUAUCGCGAAGGAACUCCUAAAAAUGCUGGGCGACAGUUCAGAGAAUGUUCAGACCUACGUAAAGAAACAUGAAAAUGACUUUCAAGACCAGGAAGUCUCUGAAUCCCCCCAACCCAGGGCCGGAGUGCUGUCCAACUUGGAAAUCCAGAGUCAAGUUGAUCUUGACACCAUCUCAAAGCGUGUUGCUGAACAGGUUGAACAAUGGCUGAAGGAAAAUCCGGCAGUUUUGGGGGAUCAAGAGCGCGCUUGGCCACAGACAGAGCCUACAUCUCCCGCCCCUGGACCGGACCAGCACAGCAAGACUGGCAGCUUUGAUAACUAUCGCACUCCAGAACACAGUGACUCGGGUACUGUGACCGAGUCUUCAAGUGAGAAGCAGCGCAAGAUGGAUGCAUCACUUUUGUCUCCCAAGAAGAUUGCUUUCGAAUAUGCACCGACGACCGAGUUCGAAUCGUUGAGAGUUUCUGAGCCCAGACAGAUCCAGAACACUUCGAAGGAACAUCAAUCGCGCAAGGGAGCUAAUCCAAACUUGACAAAGGAGGUGGCUACCCAGUCUAUUGUCAAUGUCCCAACAUUGAGAUCGAUGGAUAGCUCAAUAUUCGCGGUUCCUCUAAAUAUGAUCCAUCAAUACGAUCAGACUAAGGUAAUUGGAGUUUCACCUUCUCUUCCUAGGAAUUAUGUGGCCACUGGAGGGAUCGCGAUCACAACCAGUCUUGCACAUGGUCAUUCAUCAACUGAACUCCCCUUGGAAAACACGGCUCACAAUGCCAAGCCUCGAGCCAAUGGUCCUCAAACUACAAACCUGAGCAUCUCCAAAGCUUCAAAGGAUGCUUUACCCCCCUGGAAUACUGAUCGAAGUGAAAAUCCAAGCAAAGCCAUGUCUGAGACGCAGAGGUGCGCACUGGCGCAAAGCAGCUCGAACAUUCCGAAGGAAAGUUCCGAGAAAGGCAGCACUCACACACUUAGGCCCAGAUCACUGCAGGAACAGAAGGAGAAAAAACCUCGAGCUGUUUCUGAAAGCAUGGCACAAAGCAAAUGGAAUAAUACUGACGAAGGCCUUUCGAAAGUUGAGCAACCCUCAAAGGCAAGUAACUUUACAAAUGUGCGCUAG